GAAUACAAAACGCAUAUACAUAAAACUCUCUCUCUCUCUCUCUCUCUCUCUCUCUCUCUCUCUCUUCUCGAAGCUCUGCGUCUCCCGUCAAGGAUCGAUCAUGAAAGGAGGCAAAUCCAAGACGGAUACCAGGAGCUCUAAGCUCUCUGUGAAUAAGAAGCCUGCAAAGGGAGGCCGGGGAAAGGCUGCCAAAGAUCCGAGCAAGCCUAAGAGGCCGGCCAGUGCCUUCUUCGUUUUCAUGGAGGAGUUCCGUGAGCAAUUCAAGAAGGAUCAUCCCAAGAACAAAUCCGUAGCUGCUGUGGGAAAGGCUGCCGGAGAGAAAUGGAAGUCAAUGUCUGAAGAAGACAAGGCUCCUUAUGUUGCUAAGGCGGAGAAGCGAAAGCAGGAAUACGAGAAGAACAUGAAAGCAUACAACAGGAAACAGGAUGAUGCUCCCAAGGAUGAUGGAGAGUCUGACAAGUCAGUGUCUGAGGUGAACGAUGAUGAAGAUGGUGAUGAUGAGGGCAGUGAAGAGGACGAGGAUGAUGACUGAGAGAUUAAUUUCUCAUGGUGCCGAGGAUGAUGAUGAUGGUAGUUUAUAGAUGGCUGCAAGAUGGCUCUUUCCCAUUUCUCUAUUACCCCUUGUCUUUUUCUUCUUGUUUCAUUUCCUUUGCUCUCCCACAUGGAGAAAGGGGUUAAAGGGGUUGUUGGCUCAGGUGGAAGAGAGAUUAUUUGCAGCUUCUGUGUUACUCCUUGCUAUGUUGUGAUAACUCCAACAAAAUAUUACCUUGAUGCAAAUUCUACUGUGUGAGAUUGACCCCUCUUCUUUUCUCGGCUUCCUUA